GAAAGCAGCACAAUCGCGAAACGACCGACAUUGUAUAAUUACAGAGCUUUUUGUUAGCACUUGCUCUAGGAUAAGGCAAAUCAUGACGACGACGUUGCAUGAUCGAAUUACCUUGAUAAACAGAGUUCCCUUCAACCAGUCUUUUGAGCACGCUGUACAGGGUGGAGAUAAGGAACCAUGUGUCAAUGAGUAGAAUCUGGAGCCUCGUGAAAUCUCUACACUAGUUACUCAGAAAAUUCUCAAUGGAGGAAGGAACCGGGGACGGCGUUUCAGUAAGACCUCUACGAAUCAAGCGAAGCUACAUCACCAAGAAGCAAACGGAGCAGUGCAGAUACCAGAAGACCAGAACUUCGUCAACUAUUCAGGCGGAUGGUUGCAAAAUAACUGUUACAUGUCUUAAUGGAGGCUGGUCAAAUAGUUGCCAUAUGGUUAAUACCCUCUUCUUCUUCGAGUACUUUCACCACUUUUUUCUGACACUUCAGCUUGCGUUGUUUUUGCAGCGUUCUCUACCACCUUGCAAAGUCUUGGCAAGUUCAAAGCCCACUUCAUAGCCUGUUCGUUGUGAAGAGUUUGAAUUACUUUUCUAUGCCAUUCAGGGAUGAUGGGUACGCUCUGAAGCUUCUUUGUGGGGGUCCUAAUUCAUGUGGAGGAAAGGUUUGGGAGUUGACUUCCAAAUUGGAGGCGAAGGUGAAGAACCAACUGCCGAGACGGUUCAAUCGCAACGGCGAAGGAGAACUUGCCCACAACGACAGCUCCAGCUUGGGAUCCCCCCCACGCGUCGCACAACGGAGACCUCGAAUCAAGUCUUUUACAUGACACUUCGGGACGCGGAGGAACCCAUGACUUCGCACGAUCAAUGUCACCGUCAUUGGAAGAGAAUUUUCAGGGCAGGAAGGUUGGGGACAGAUCUCCCAAUUAAUCAAAUGAUCGCAUUCACCAAAUGCCAUACCUAACCUCAGUAGCCGAGGUAGGAUUUCACUUCUGCUGGAACGAACAACUUCUCCGUCGAUUUUGAGAUUGAAGGUAGUGCAAUCAUCAUUUGCCUUUCACAACCUAAAGCAUUGGUGAUCGAAUGUCACUGGUCCGAGCGCACACAGGGCGUGCCCAUGGAUCCAAGCCCUUGGCGCGCCCUGCAUAGUGAACCCGCGGAUCACAGCGUACCUUUGAUGCUGGACAUGACGAAGCACACUCUAGGAUUGGACAAGUCAAGUGACCCCAACUUGGCGACGUUGAUAGAAAAGACGGAUACAACCUUUGGAACACAGAAGGCCAGGGAUCCAAAUGAGCCCAUCACGGUAAAGGAUACGAUGGCGACUCAGGAAAUGGACAAAUCGAAAAACUAUGUAGCGUUCACUCUCAUGGACGAGACGAAGCACACUCUGGAUUUGGGUAAUUCCCGUGAUACAAAUGCGCCUUCCUUGCCAGAAAAAACAGAAGCAAAUUUAGGGCUAAGUGGGUCUACGUCGCAAAUUGGUAAAGAUAUGCGGCAGACUUUCCCCGCGCAUUCGGGUUUUGUGCCGCCAGCAAAAACUGGUCUUCGACCAGUAGGAGAUUAUGGCAGCGCUGAAAGGAGGAUGACAACUAUCGACGUACCAGAAUACAAUCCAUCGGUAAACAAACACGAGAUGCCUUGCAGUUGGAAGAACAUUAUCUGGUAGCAAGUCUGAAGUUGUUGAGGGUCAAGAAGGCACGGUGAGAGAGACGGGGUGCAAAGCUCUUCGAUGUCGCAAUCUUCUCAUUCAUGCGUUGUGAAAUGCAUCAGACUUGAUGAGAGUUGUAAUGAAUCUUGCCGUGUGAUGGACUAUGACAAAAACCCUGAUGGUUGAACUGCAGUCUGGCACAGUUAGGGUUGAGACGUGUCACGAUCAUUGUACACGACGUUUUGAUGAAUUAAACCAUUGCAGUGCUUUCGUGUAA